AUGGCCGCACCACUUCCCCCCUUCGGCUCACGCUCAGCCUAUGCAGGAGCAGGCUCAAAACUUCCCGAACGACCAAACCCACUCCCAUUUAGCGCGUCCGCGUUUUCUCGGAAUAGAGGCGUCCUCGGCGGUGUGAAUAACAACAACAAUCCAGAGUCCGCACAGCCACAACCAUCGCAAUUACCUCCUGCACCACCACAACAUUCACAAAGCCAUGCUGGUGCUGUAGCGACCAUGAUGGGGCCAGCAGAUGCUAGUAGUGGAGGCGCGAAUCCGUUGAGUCGGUUGACGGAAGAGCAGAGGGAGGAGAUUAAUGAAGCUUUCACACUCUUCGACCUCGACCGCGACCGCCACCUAGACUACCAUGAAUUAAGAGUCGCUCUCCGAGCGCUCGGCUUCACCCUCCCCAAACAAGAACUCAUCUCCCUCCUCACAACCUACGGCGUUCCACGCCCCCAAGUCCAACAACAGCAACAACAGCAACAAGGUCCAGGCCAGCCCUCCGCAUCGGCACACCCCAAUAAACCAAACAACAACAAUAAAGACCCCCCACCGCACCCAUCGUCGCUGCUAAUGCCACUAUCAGCCUUCCAAACCGUCACAGCGCACAAAAUCCUGGAACGGGAUCCCCGUGAAGAAAUCUUGAGAGCGUUUGAGCUCUUUGACGAAGGUGGGAAGGGGUAUAUUGAUCUGGAGGAUUUGCGGCGUGUGGCGCGCGAAUUGGGUGAGACGGGGCUGGAGGAGGAUGAGCUGAGAGCGAUGAUUGAGGAGUUUGAUCUUGAGGGUGUGGGUGGUGUGACGCGGGAUGGGUUUUUGAGUAUUUGUUGGCAAUAA